AUUGCUGUUUAUCCUCGCCUGCGGAAUCCCUUGCUAAGUAGCUUCCUGCCUUAGGCUUUAGUUCAACGUGUGUAUCUAGAGCAGAAGAAGCAGAGUGAGUUAGGGUUUCCACUCGCUGUCGAGCUAUUUGAGAAACAUAUCAACAAAAUCACCAUGUUCAAGCCUGUGUUGUCACGUACGGCCGUGAGAGCUGUCAGCCGGGCUACUGCCUCUCGGGUUGUCAAUGGCACCCGUCCUAUUUCCACCACGCAUGCGAUGCUGAAGGAUGAGCCCAAAGACAAGGAUCCCUUCGCCGCCGCCACGACUGCUGCUCCCGGGGGCGCCUCCGGUCAACACGAGGGUGCCUGGGCGCGUACCGACGAGAACGUCAAGAUUGAAUACCCGGAGGACCAUGAGAUGCCUCGCAGUCCUAUCGUCCAGGGCCGUGGUGGUAUGCACUUCAAGCGCACCCUCGCUUCCUUCUCCCUGGAGAACAAGGUCAGCGUGGUCACCGGUGGUGCUCGUGGUCUGGGUCUAGUCAUGGGCCAAGCUCUUGUCAACUCUGGCUCUGAUCUGGCCAUUGUCGAUCUCAACCAGGCGGAGGCUGAGGAGCAGGCUCAGAAGCUCGUCCAGCAGUUCCGUGACGAGAACCCGGGACUGGACCCUGAAGACCUCCCUAAGGUUACUGCACACUACUCCGACGUUUCGGACCCCGAGUCCGUAAACAAGGCUUUUGCUGAAAUUCUGUCCGCCCACGGCAAGGUCGACAACCUGGUCACUUCUGCUGGAUUCACCGAGAACUUUGAUGCGAUCUCAUACCCACAUGACCGCAUCAAGAAGCUCUGGGGUGUCAACGUGGAUGGUACUUACCUGUGGUCCACGGCUGUUGCCAAGCACCUUAUGGAUCGUAAAUCCCCCGGUAGCAUUGUCAUGAUUGGCAGUAUGUCUGGUGCCAUUGUCAACGUUCCUCAACCCCAGGCUCCGUACAAUGCCGCCAAGGCCGCUGUGCGACACCUGGCUGCAUCUUUUGCUGUCGAAUGGGCUGGUCACAACAUCCGGGUUAACUGCAUUAGCCCCGGUUAUAUGCUGACGGCCCUCACUCGCAAGAUCCUCGACGAGAACCCCGAGCUUAACAAGAAGUGGACCUCCUUGAUUCCUGUUGGCAAGAUGGGAACUCCCGAGGACCUCAUGGGUGCCGUCACCUUCUUGCUCAGUGAUGCUGCCAAGUACAUCACUGGUGCGGAUCUCCGUGUUGACGGUGGUUACACUCUUACCUAAGGGCGCCACUCCGAACAGCAUUUGAUAUUUCACAAUCUUAGCGUUCUGUUUAUUUCAACUGGAGCAAAAACAUGAUAUUGGGUUCGGUUAUAGACAGCUGUGAUUUUCUUACGAAGGGCAACAUCAUAACAUGUGUCUCCUGGGCCGACUCUUCGGUUCAUGGCUUGUGGUUACUAUUCUGUCUAUUUGAUUCAACGAUCC